GAGCUUCCAGAGUUCCCAAUGCCUCCAAAUGGAACAAACGUCACGAUAACAAACCCUCUUGUGCUUUACCGCAGCCUCCUAGCCACAAAUCGGAUCCAAUCCGAUCCAGCACAGCACCGCCUCGCCAUCCACCUUCAAAAAAUAUAUGACCGAUUGAUUGAUUAUGAGCCGACUAUUGAAUACUCUGAUCGCUUGAACCAACUAACUCGCCUCGGCCAGAAUGGAGCGACACCAUCAAGACCAUCAGGACCACGCAUCUUCGGAACAAGAGGAAUAUGGAAAUCCCUUCUCGCUGAGAAGGAGAAACGAGAUUCUCUAGCUUUAACACGCGUUCUCACCAGCCAUGAAGCAGCAAUGGCUCUUCAAAGCCCAAAAGGCCUUAUGCUUCAUGGGGAGGUCGGGACAGGGAAAAGCAUGCUCAUCGACCUCUUCGCUGACUCUCUCCCUAGUCGAAAGAAGCGACGGUGGCACUUCAAUACGUUCAUGCUCGAAACAUUCUCUCGCCUCGAGCAGCUGCGUAUGUCGCGCUCCAUUAACAGCGGCAUCUUGCAGGACGAGUACAGUUUGCUGUGGCUGGCACGCGACCUUGUUGAGAAGAGCCCCGUUCUGUUCUUGGAUGAGUUCCAGCUUCCUGAUCGCGCGGCUUCCAAGAUCCUGUCAAAUCUUAUGACCAGCUUUUUCCAACUCGGCGGCGUGUUGAUCGCGACGAGUAACCGUAUGCCCGAGGAAUUGGCGAAAGCAGCGGGGAUGGAAUUUUCCAGACCUGUCUCAAGACUCAGUCGAUUAGGGUGGAGAUUGGGAAUGAGUGGCGUUGUCGGAAAAGACGACGGUCCAGGACAGAAGGGUGAAUUUGCUCAGUUCUUAGAGCUGCUCCGGACUCGAUGCGAGGUAUGGGAAAUGGAAGGGAAAAAAGAUUAUCGACGGGCAUCCGGUGAAAGCGAUGGUAUCCUGCACACGAGUCCUCUUUCUGGGGAUCUACCGCAAACUAACAGCAACACACCUACAACAAAAACAUUCAACACCAAUUCAAACGACACUUCCUCACCACCCACCUCCGAAUCCCUUCUUCCGAAACACUAUCACCUCACUUCCUCGCCAACCGCAUCCUCCUCCCUAACAUCCACCCUUCAAAUCCUAACCUCAGCAUCUCCUUCCCAAUCCAUCCCCUGGAAACCCCAGACCCUAACCGUCUACGGCCGCUCCCUCAACAUCCCCUCCCAACACAACGGCAUCGCGCUCUUCACCUUUGCUCAACUCUGCGGCGCGCCACUCGGUCCCGCAGAUUACAUCACCCUCGCAUCAACCUACCACACGCUCUGCAUAACCGAUAUCCCCGUCCUUGGGCUCCUCCAGAAAAACGAAGCAAGACGCUUUAUCACGCUACUAGAUGCCAUGUACGAAGCGCGCUGCCGCCUAGUUGUAUCCGCGGAUGCGGGGCCAGAUGGCAUUUUCUUUCCUACCGCGCCACUGGCGUCGGGAUCCACAGCAAAAACAGUCGAAGGAGGUGCGGGAGAUGGUCAAGACGGAGAUGCAGUACACCCAGAAACAUAUUCCGAGAUCCAUCAGGAUCUCACUUCUCCCUUCAGACCAAACAUCUCGUCCUACCACAACUCGUCGUCUUCGAUGCUAUCUGCCGACGCUCUGGAAGACGAUCCUCCUAAUCGCGUCCGCCCCCGUGAUAGUGACAGGUUAGACACCGAAGCCGCAAAAGCCCCCGACUUUUCUAAUGUCGGUGGACUGACGGGCGAGGAUGAGAAGUUUGCGGUCAAAAGGGCCGAGAGUCGUAUAUGGGAAAUGUGUUCGGGGGGUUGGUGGGAUCGAGCUUCAGUUUCUGCUCCUGGGGAAGGAGAGGAAGGAGUGGGGAUGUGGUGGCGUCCUUUACCGGCUGGAUCGCGGCAUUGGGAGCGUGGGGGUAACUCUACUCCUUCUCCUGCUGUUGAUGAUGGCGGGGAGGUAGUGGGAAAAGGGACUGGUUCGACCACGCCUGACAAGGGUGGUGACGCAACGGUAGGGACAGAUUCUGAAGUUCGAGAAAUUGAGGGUGUUUUCGCAUACGGUGCUAGUCCGUUUCGUACUGUGGAUGAGGCGCCACCGAAGAUUUGGUGGACGCAUGUUUGGGGGACUACGCGGUGGGGGAAGAGGGCUGGAGCUUGGGGGAAAGGCGUGGAGGGUCUUGAAGAGAGGAAGAAGGAAAAAGAACAGAAUGUUGGUGACGGGUCCUCGGAGGUAGAUGAGUGGAAAGGUGGGAAGAGAUAG